CCCCUCCUGGCACCCGGAGCCGGCCACGGCGCUCACUGUGCCUGUCUCCCCCAGGAAUCGCUCUUCGCCUCCCAGGAGAAGUUUUUCCAGGACUUGUUUGACAGCGAGUUGGCCUCGCAGGCCACGGCAGAGUUCGAGAAGGCCAUGAAGGAGCUGGCCGAGGAGGAGCCACACUUGGUGGAGCAGUUCCAGAAGCUGUCGGAGGCAGCGGGACGAGUCGGGAGUGACACUGCGUCCCAACAGGAGUUCACGUCGUGCCUCAAGGAGACGCUCAGCGGCUUGGCCAAGAACGCCAAUGACCUGCAGAACUCCAGCGUGUCAGAGGAAGAGUUGGCCAAAGCCAUCGAGGGGCUGGGCCUGGAGGAGGGUGACGGCGAGGGCAACAUCCUGCCCAUCAUGCAGAACAUCAUGCAGAACCUGCUCUCCAAGGAGGUGCUCUACCCCUCACUCAAGGAGAUCACGGAGAAGUACCCCGAGUGGCUGCGCCUGCACCGCGACUCUCUGUCCGAGGAGCAGUACGAGAAGUACCGGGAGCAGCACAACGUCAUGGGCAAAAUCUGCCAGCAGUUCGAGGCCGAGCGGCCCACAGACAGUGAGGCUGAGCAGAAAGCCCGUUUCGAGAUGGUCCUGGACCUCAUGCAGCAGCUGCAGGACCUGGGACAUCCUCCCAAGGAGCUGGCAGGGGAUUCGCCCCCCGGCCUGAACCUGGACCUGGAGGGCCUGAGCCUGCCGGACGCGGCCACCACGGGGGGCGAGCAAUGUCGCCUCAUGUGACACCG